CAGGCGGCAAUUCAACUGACCGCAAACCACAUUUGGCGCAGGAGGAGGCAGAACCGAUGGCGAUCCCGACCGUGUACGUGGCAUCGCUCAGCGCCUUUGUCGCUGGCGUCGCCAUCAGCUUGCAGUACUACGCGCUGCCGUACGCUGUCGUACUGGGUCUUCUCGCUGCGUAUCUCCCGAGCUUCUUGGCACCGACGCAGUUUUCGCAACGCGGUGGGUACUGGCCAUGGUUUGCGACGCUCUCGCUCUGGAAGGCGCGCGCGCCGGUGCCAACGACAUUGCACUUUGAGACACCGCUGGCUAAGGAGACGCAGUACCUCUUUUCGUCGCAUCCGCACGGCCCCACGUCGUGGCACCAUGGCGUCAUGAUCACAGGCGCGUCGACGCCGGCCUUUCAUGACGUGAUUCCUGGCGACCGCCGCCGCCACCUCGGCGCGUCGAUCGUGUUUCGCAUUCCCAUCUACCGCGAGCUGCUUCUCUGGCUCGGCGUCGUCGAUGCCAGUCGGUCCGUUGCGCACAGCGUCUUGGCGUCCGGCAAGAGCCUCGUGAUCCUCGUCGGUGGCAUCCAAGAGCAAAUGCUCGCCGAGUACCAAAAGCACCACGUCUUUCUCCAUUCGCGCAAAGGCUUUGUCAAGCUCGCGAUCCAGCACGGUACGGCCAUCGUGCCCGUAUAUGCGUUUGGUGAAAAUGAUCUUUUCCGUCCGUCCACGUUUUUGCUGCCGCUGCGGCAGUGGUUUGCUCGGAAAUUCCUUAUUGCGAUUCCGCUCUGCGUCGGCCCGACGUGGUGGAACCCGUUUAAACCGUUCCCAGUCGAGAUCCACCAAGUGUACGGACACCCGAUCCCAACGACCAAGUGCGACAACCCGUCCAGCGACGAAGUCGACCGCGUCCACGGCCUCUUCCUCACCGAGCUCCAGCGCAUCUUUGACAAGCACAAGGCAGCGUACGCAACGCCGGACGCGACGCUAGAAAUCUUGUAAGGAUAGCGCGUAGCCAGAGACAUCAGACAAUGCACGUCGUCGUGGCCUUCACUGCGCUCAUGUCCACUGUACGCCGAUAUUGCCGUCAUACUAG